AGAGGAAUCCUCCAUCAAAACUAGACGCCACUGUCUGAUGGUGUUAUCUAUCUUUUAGCGACUGACUAGGAGGGCUGGAGUUCCUUCUUCCUUUUGGUGUAGUACAACUGCAUUUUCCAGAUCAUCACAUUAUACUGUUAAUUCCUGAUAAACAACCAUUUGUCUUGCACAGCGAGCUGAGGAGAGCCUUGGCGUUCCCUCUCGGAGUGCAGCCCUAAACCGGGCUUUUGACCUUCAGCCUGUGAUGUACUUUUGUUUGUCACUGGGGCCCAUGUAGUGCGUAAAUGGGCGUCAGAUUUGGUAGCACUUCCAGCGGGUGAACUUUGGGAAGAGUCCAGGACGUGAAUUUAAUGGGUGGAGAGGCUGCGGCAGCACUGUGAAGUUAGCGCGGCCAACUGCAGGAAGCCAUGCUUCAUUACACCCUUCAUGGGAGCUGGCACACUCGCCCCACCCUCGUUACCCACAGGCCAGUCUUGGAGGAAAAGGCCGGCAGAUGGUCUCUAGCGACCGGCCCGUGUCACUGGAGGACGAGGUCUCCCAUAGUAUGAAGGAGAUGAUUGGAGGCUGUUGCGUUUGCUCAGACGAGAGAGGCUGGGCCGAGAACCCGCUGGUUUAUUGCGACGGGCACGGCUGCAGCGUCGCGGUGCAUCAAGCUUGCUAUGGCAUUGUUCAAGUACCCACUGGACCAUGGUUUUGCAGGAAAUGUGAAUCUCAGGAGAGAGCAGCCAGAGUGACUCUACUUCAUGAGGCUGGAACCAUGACUGCUGGCAGCUCUUGUUUCCAGCCCCUUCUGCCAGAAGAAGGGGUGCUCUUGAAGAAUCCUGGAAAGGACUCUGAUUGGCCUGUCUUGGAUCAUGUGCCCACCAUCUCUGUGGCUGGAGUGGGGAGGGUACUGUGAAUGGCAACCGUCACUAGAACUACAUAGUUGGAGUCAGGGAGAUGUGAACUUUGUCCUCAUAAGGAUGGAGCUUUAAAAAGAACAGAUAAUGGGGGUUGGGCCCAUGUGGUUUGUGCCCUCUAUAUUCCAGAGGUACAAUUUGCCAAUGUUUCCACAAUGGAACCAAUUGUUUUACAGUCUGUUCCGCAUGAUCGUUAUAAUAAGACUUGCUACAUUUGUGAUGAACAAGGAAGAGAAAGCAAAGCAGCCACUGGUGCUUGCAUGACAUGUAAUAAACAUGGAUGUCGACAGGCUUUCCAUGUAACAUGUGCUCAGUUUGCCGGACUGCUUUGUGAAGAAGAAGGUAAUGGUGCCGAUAAUGUCCAAUACUGUGGCUACUGUAAAUACCAUUUUAGUAAGCUGAAAAAGAGCAAACGGGGAUCUAAUAGGUCAUAUGAUCAAAGUUUAAGUGAUUCUUCCUCUCACUCUCAGGAUAAACAUCAUGAGAAGGAGAAAAAAAAAUACAAAGAGAAGGACAAACACAAGCAAAAACACAAGAAGCAGCCAGAACCGUCACCUGCAUUGGUUCCAUCCUUGACUGUUACUACAGAAAAAGUCAUGCAAGGAUCACAUGUGAGAGGAAUGGAGAACCUCAGGAUCAACUCAAGUAAUUGGAAAAAAGUAUUUGAAAAAUGAGGUGGGGUAGUUUCCAAAUUGACCUGCCCAGCAUGGAAAAGGUUCAUGUUUCUAAAACUUAUACAAGCACUAGCAACAACUCUAUAUCUGGAUCAUUGAAGCGCUUGGAAGAUACUACAGCACGAUUUACAAAUGCAAAUUUCCAGGAAGUCUCUGCACACACCUCUAGUGGAAAAGAUGUUUCAGAGACUAGAGGGUCAGAGGGCAAAGGGAAGAAAUCUUCAGCUCACAGUUCAGGUCAAAGGGGAAGAAAGCCUGGUGGUGGAAGAAAUCCAGGAACAACUGUGUCAGCAGCUAGCCCUUUUCCACAAGGCAAUUUUUCAGGAACUCCAGGCAGUGUAAAAUCAUCUUCUGGAAGUUCAGUGCAGUCUCCUCAGGAUUUCCUGAGCUUUACAGACUCAGAUCUGCGUAAUGACAGUUACACUCACUCCCAACAGUCAUCAGCAACCAAAGAUGUACAUAAAGGAGAGUCUGGUAGCCAGGAAGGGGGGGUAAAUAGUUUUGGUUCCUUGAUUGGCCUUCCUUCAACCUCAGCUGUUAUUUCACAGCCUAAAAGCUUUGAAAAUUCACCUGGAGAUUUGGGUAAUUCCAGCCUUCCUACAGCAGGAUAUAAGCGGGCUCAAACUUCUGGCAUAGAAGAAGAAACUGUAAAAGAAAAGAAAAGGAAAGGAAAUAAACAAAGUAAACAUGGGCCUGGUAGACCCAAAGGAAACAAAAAUCAAGAGAAUGUUUCUCAUCUCUCAGUUUCUUCUGCUUCACCAACAUCAUCUGUAGCAUCAGCUGCAGGAAGCAUAACAAGCUCUAGUCUGCAGAAAUCUCCUACAUUGCUCAGGAAUGGAAGUUUACAGAGUCUCAGUGUUGGCUCCUCUCCAGUUGGUUCAGAAAUUUCCAUGCAGUAUCGGCAUGAUGGAGCUUGUCCAACAACUACGUUCUCAGAGUUGCUGAAUGCAAUACACAAUGGUAUUUAUAACAGCAAUGAUGUAGCAGUAUCAUUUCCAAAUGUAGUAUCUGGCUCGGGAUCUAGUACUCCUGUCUCCAGCUCUCACUUACCUCAACAGUCUUCUGGGCAUUUGCAACAAGUGGGAGCACUCUCUCCCUCAGCAGUGUCAUCUGCAGCCCCUGCUGUUGCUACAACUCAGGCAAAUACCCUAUCUGGAUCUUCUCUCAGUCAGGCACCGUCUCAUAUGUAUGGCAAUAGAUUAAAUCCAAAUUCAUCAAUGGCAGCUCUUAUAGCUCAGUCUGAAAACAAUCAAACAGAUCAAGAUCUUGGAGACAAUAGCCGCAACCUAGUUGGCAGAGGAAGCUCACCCAGAGGAAGUCUCUCGCCACGAUCCCCUGUAAGCAGCUUACAGAUUCGCUAUGAUCAACCAGGCAACAGCAGUUUGGAAAAUCUGCCUCCAGUAGCAGCCAGCAUAGAACAGCUUUUGGAGAGGCAGUGGAGUGAAGGACAGCAAUUUUUAUUAGAACAGGGUACUCCUAGUGACAUUUUAGGAAUGCUGAAGUCAUUACACCAACUUCAAGUUGAAAACCGAAGAUUAGAGGAACAGAUUAAAAACUUGACUGCCAAAAAGGAACGGCUCCAGUUAUUGAAUGCACAGCUUUCAGUGCCUUUUCCAGCAAUAACAGCAAAUCCUAGUCCGUCUCAUCAAAUACACACAUUUUCAGCACAGACUGCUCCUACUACUGAUUCCUUGAACAGCAGUAAGAGCCCUCAUAUAGGAAACAGCUUUUUACCUGAUAAUUCUCUUCCUGUAUUAAAUCAGGACUUAACCUCCAGUGGACAAAGCACCAGCAGCUCAUCGGCUCUUUCCACCCCACCUCCUGCUGGGCAGAGUCCGGCUCAACAAGGCUCAGGAGUGAGUGGAGUUCAGCAGGUCAAUGGUGUGACAGUGGGGGCACUAGCUAGUGGAAUGCAGCCUGUAACUUCCACCAUUCCUGCCGUGUCUGCAGUGGGUGGAAUAAUUGGAGCUUUGCCAGGUAACCAACUGGCAAUUAAUGGCAUUGUAGGAGCUUUAAAUGGGGUUAUGCAGACUCCUGUCACAAUAUCCCAGAACCCUACCCCUCUCACUCACACAACUGUACCACCUAAUGCAACACAUCCAAUGCCAGCUACACUGACUAACAGUGCCUCAGGACUAGGAUUACUUUCUGACCAGCAAAGACAAAUAUUUAUUCAUCAACAGCAGUUUCAGCAGUUGUUAAAUUCUCAACAGCUCACACCAGAACAACAUCAAGCCUUUUUGUAUCAGUUAAUGCAACAUCACCACCAGCAGCAGCACCACCAACCUGAACUUCAGCAGCUGCAGAUCCCUGGACCAACGCAAAUACCCAUAAACAACCUUCUUGCAGGUACACAGGCACCCCCACUUCACACAGCUACCACCAACCCAUUUCUCACCAUGCAUGGAGAUAAUGCAAGUCAGAAAGUAGCAAGACUUAGUGAUAAAACUGGGCCUGUAGCUCAAGAGAAAAGUUGACACCUGUGAAACAUCUAGAAAUUACUAUCCUGCUGUUCUAGCACUUCAUCUGGCUGCCUUUGCAGUCCUUUUACUACAGCUAUGAAGAAAAUGCAACAAGAAACUCAAUGCACAAAGGAUUAAUUGCCACAAGGACAUUCUUGUCAGGCUUUGAUUAGUUUUCUUGUUGCUUUGUUGCACUGAAAUGGAAUUCCCAUACCCCUAUCCCUUACCCCAAUUUUUUGAACAUGGAAAGAAAAUUUAAUAACUUUUUUCAGUGACAUAAUUUACAUGCAAUGUUUAUCGACUCAAGAAUUUAAUAUAGUUGGUGCACAACUAGUUUUGUUAUAAAUUGGAGAUACGAAUAGCAAAACUAAAGACUUGUUCCAUUUACAAACUACUUGAUUUUGUUGUACCAGUUGAAAUACCCUCUUGUUUGGGUCGCAGUGUGCUUGCUCCCAGUCAGAUUUCCAGGAACUGUCUAAUCCCUUCUCCUGGAGUUUCACUGACUCAGUAUUACAAAUAUAUAGCUCAUCACCUGGGACUUGGCAAUCUUUGUUAAAAUUUCCUUUCUAAUGGGAUUUGGCCACUUUUGGUAGUCAAGUUAGGAUGGUAAUGUCUGCAUCUGCUAAAGGUGGUUUUGAGAAUUGCUUUUUUAGUGUUAAGGCCUGUUCAUAUUAAAGAAACCUUGAGUUAAGUGAGUUUUAAGGCUGCUGGGGGAACCAGAUCAAUUCAAAGCGAAAUAAUUCUUUCAGAAAGGGGCCACUCUGGAAAGUGCUGAUGGGGUUUGCCCUUGAUCAAGUGCCUCCAUUGUGCUGCAAGGGCUCUGGACAGUAGGCUCGGACAGUCCGUCCUCCGAGCAGCAGGAAUCAUCCCGUCACACCCGCAGCCUUCCCAUGCUUCCGCCUUGAUUCAGAAUUUUCUGUGCCACUGUAGAUAGCUCAGGCAAAACUAUUACCUGGGUAUUUGUCCACUAAUGAGUCACAAGAAAAGGAGUGGAUAUGGUAAGAAUAGAGAUUUAUUUAAACCACUCCCCAUUACUGACCAUUAAAACAAAAGCUCACCACGAGUUCCUGAAACAGGUGAAACCUGUGUGACAGCCCUUCCACUUUGGGGAGCCACGCUUUUGAUGUGACAGUAUGGCAGAGUAAUCCACCACUGGGGGUGUAAUCACCCAACUGUUCUUCAGUGUGUGAAUUAUUAGUGGAAAAGACCCAGCUGUAAUUAGACCUCCACUGUGUACUUAGCUGGAAGAACAUGUUAAUUCUGCAAUAUGUCUCUUGGUUAAACAUUGCACAGUUCUUACCUCAUUUCUGUAAAUAAAGUUUUGUGAAUCUGUUUUGUAUUGUGAAAAAUUCAUAAGAUAACAUUGAUAUUUUGAUUUGUAAUAUUUCUAAUUGGUAGAUUUAAUUGAAAAGUAAAAUUAAUUUAUUUUUAUAUGUUCAGGGGAAUUUUAAAGUCAAAUCUUUUGUAGAUAAUUAAAAAAAUCAGUGUGGUUUAUUUUACUUAUUUAACCCACUGGUUGUUAUUCUGUAACAAUUUGUAUAAAUGGUAAAUUUUGAAUGUGUUGUUAUUUUACCUAGAUGUAAAAUUCCACAUGUAUUAAAAUGUACAAAGUUUUGUUAAUAAAAUUUAAUAAUGUUU